UAACUUUCCGUAGUCAUUAUUCAAUUAUUAUAUUUAAUUUGUUAACAAAAUAGAUUUGGUUCUCUAUCCCUUAUAAAUAAACAUCUCUAGACUAGUUUCAGCUAUUACAAAAGAAUGAAUCAUCGUCUUUCCGGAAUAAUCAGCCCACUUAGUCACAUCCCCACUGAUCCUAUUCGUUCCUCCUUCAAGCCUCCGUUACCGGUCUACUGCAAAACCACAAUAAACCAUUUAAAAUCUGUGACCGGUCUCGAUGUUGCACCUGGCCUCACCAAUCAAGAGAUCUCAGCCGUUGAAUCCUCUCUUGGUUUCUCCUUCCCCAUUGAUCUUCGCUCGAUUCUUCAAACGGGUCUUCCCGUUGGUACCCAUUUCCCCAAUUGGCGAACCGGUUCGACCCGAAAUACUCUCCUCCUUAUCUUCAACCUCCCUAUUCUUCAUAUAUCCAAAAUCGUCCUAAAAAACGGAUUCUGGGUUGAUUCUUGGGGAACCCGACCCGGAUCCGACGCGGAGGCUUUAUCGCUGGUUAAGAAAUUGAUGGAAUUCGCUCCGGUUCUCGUCCCGGUUUACCAAAAUUUCUACGUCCCUUCGACGACUCCGAAUUUGGCGGGAAAUCCUGUUUUUCAAAUCGACGGCGACGGAGUUAGGGUUCUGAAUUGCGACGUCGCUAGGUUUCUCCAAGGACUCAAUCGAACGGACGGUCUUUUGGAUUACGGUGAUUUGAGAAGACGGCGACGAGUGGAGUUUUGGAGUGACGUGGCGGAGAGAGGGAAGGUUGCUGUGGCGCGUGGUCCAACGUGCGGGUGGUGGAGCGCGUUGAGUUGUGAUGAGAGGUUAAGGGGGUGUUUGGACGACGCGUAUUGGAAGCUGAGGGAAGCAGGGUGGAAGGAAGACGAGGUUCGGGAGAUGAUGAUGAUGGACGGGUUGGAUAAAGACACGUGUAAACAAGCGUUUUACAAUGAAACGGUCAAGCGUGACGUGGUGUCCGUGUUUGGUGGUGAGGGAAAUGAUAAGAUGGACGAUGUAGAUCGAGACACGUGUAAGGAGGAUGAAGAUCACCAGAAAGGCGGAGAGGUAACGACGUUGAGGCAUCUCCUGGAUUCUCAUGAGCCAUGACCGUUGGAUCAGCUAAAGUGGAUCUUUUAAUUUUAUUACUCAUUAUGUAGAUUACUAAAAUGUGUAUGGUUUAGCUGAACAUUAGUUGGGGGUAUUGGCAGUGUAAAUGUCUCUGAUAUAUUUAGGUCGUGUAUGAGAAAUUGGUUAUUGGCUUUGUAAGGAAUUUCAAACACCGACCAAGAUGUGAGACUUUGGCUUUGACUUUGAGUAGCGACAGCUUGCUGAAAAGAGGCAGGUUUUCAACUCCGCCGAAAAUACAGAUCAAAAGAAACGAAGAAGGCGAGUAUUGAUAAGAAUGAUAAAUUUUAGGUAUUAAAAAGAAAUACGCUAUAGCCCCAAAAGAGUUCUUUCUUCCCGUACUCUCUUUCUAGUCUUGUGUACGGGAAGAACGGAUCAUCUUCAUCCGUUUCAUUACGACCCUCGUGUUUAU